AUGGAGUUAUUCCGAGGAAGGCACCAUGCCUCCCGAUCCGUCUCUCCAGACCCCUUCGCCGACCGCUACGAUCCUCACGAUGCGCACUCCGACCCCAUUGCGAUGCAGACCCUCUCUGCAACCGCAUAUCCCUCGCCAGACCUUCGCCGCGGUCCCUCGCCAGGUGCGUCGCCUCAACGAAGCCCAGAAAUCGGCCUGUCGUUCCCGCGCGGAAACCACAGCUAUGAGCCAGUGCGAAGCUCACUACCACCGACUGAUUCGCGUGCGACUUCGUUAUAUUCCACUCAUUCUCUCGGGUACCAUAAGACGAAGGAUCAUGAGGCGCAGCAGCUGGUCGAUCGUAGAGCUGGGGAGAUAGCCGAGUGGAAAGUACACUGGAUAACACCGGCACUGAUGAUCGCCUUGUUCGUUGCAGGAGUCGGAGCGGCUGUGGGACACCACUUCUUCUACAUGUCCUUAGAGGGGAAGCCGUCCACAGACCAGCUUACUAUGGUGCGUUAUGGAACCGCUUUAGCAUUCUUCGUGAAGAGCGCGCUCGUUGGAUCGAUCGUUAUGUGCUACAGGCAGAGGAUAUGGCAUACAUUCCGAACGAGAGCCCUGACAAUUGCUGGCAUCGACGGACUUUUCUCAGCAACCGAAGACCCUACCCAAUUCUUUUAUAAUGGAGAAAUGAUGAUCAAUGCGAAAAUCGCAACAGUCAUGGCAAUCUGCAGCUGGCUCAUCCCAAUCGCAUCUGUCUUGUCGCCAGCCUCCCUUACGUCAGAGAUUACCACGCUCAAGAAUUCGACAAUCUGUCCUGACGUGGCUACUUUGAAUUUCACACAUGAGGCGAAGUUUAACUUUCGCGGAGAGAGUGCAUAUGCUGGCUCUUCAUUAGUCUAUUACAACACAACCAACUUCGAGGGCGACGACGGCUACUUCGACUACUAUGACCGACCGUCGCAAAAUGCCAAACGUCUUGUCUUUGCGAGUAUGUAUCUGAAAGAGCCCGCAGUCGCUACAAAUGCCUCCAUCAACAACUGUGGAGAGCGCUACAAUUGUACCUACGAAGUGAAUUUCGAAGGACCAGGCUACAAGUGCGACCUUUAUGCAGACAGCAACCAUGAUGGCGCUGGCGAUGCACCUUUUGAUAUAGAUGUGCUUGCCCCUAAAGGCGACAAUCUUUACUUCGGUGUUGUGGACCAGGGUGAUUACAAGAUACCUCAAACAGAAACGGGCCCCCACGGUAUCCCCAUUCAUGAGCCGUUUCCCGAUUCACUCGGUGUCUUCGAUGUGGAACCUACCUUAUGGAUAGGCUACGUUAUCAAAACAGAUCAAACAUAUAAAGAUGACGAUCCGGAGGAGUACAAGCGUUGGGGCACAGUUCAUGAGCCCAAGAUCGUGAAGUGCGUGGCCUAUCACACAAAUUAUACAUUCGAGUUGGAGUACAAGGAUUCGAAACAGAAUUACACCCGCAAACAACGCGACUUCUUGAGGCCCAUUGUCGACACAACCUUCAAGGCGGACUCGGGGAACGUCAGCGAGGGCACAGCAUCUCCAUCCUCCAACUUCGUCUCCCCCAAAGGCGAUGUGCCCACCUACAAACGAACAGCCGCUUACCACUCCAUCAUGCAGCUCCUCCGCAACUUCCUCGGCGGCAGCGUCUCCUACAGCAAAGGCCUCUUCGUCACAAGCUCCGACAUCUCCGAAACAAAUCUAAUGGUCGCAGAGUCCACAUACCCGCAGAAAGACCUCCCAGAAGCCAUCCAGCACGUCUUCGAAGACAUAAUCAUCAGCCUCCUUUCAGACGAGCACCUCGUCGUCGCACAGAAACAAUCCGUCCCUUGCACAAAAGAGCAAUCCGUGAGCGUGUACAAGUACAAGCGCGAGGGCCUCUGGAUCGGCUACGCGUUCGCCGUUGCCGGCGCGUUCGUCUGCCUCAUCAUCGGCGGCUGGGCGAUCCACCAGAACGGCGUAGCUUCGGACACGCUCUUCUCCCGCAUCUUGGUCACGACGAGAAAUCCUACGCUAGACAGACUUAGCGUAGGCGCGUGUCUCGGCGGCGAUCCGUUCCCCAAGGAGCUGACGCGGACGAAGUUGAGGUUCGGCGUGUUGAACGAGGAGAACCCGCGCGAGGGGCCGUUGGGUGUCGUCGAGCAUUGUACGUUUGGUGCGGUGGGGGAGACGAAGGAUAUUCAGAAGUAUGGGGUGUAUGCUGGGUUGAAGAAGUACAGGACCGAUGGCGGUGAAGAGGGGAGGUGCGAUGAGAAAGAACCGCUGCUGGAGAAGGAGGGUCUAAGAAGGAGACAGUAG